GGCUGUUCUAAAGUGAGGGAUUGUAGGAACCGUUUUAUUCCCGUCCCAUUCAAAUGGUGGACUUCAGUACACCUGACCACCUACUGGUUUUACCGCAUCACAAUCAAUGUAACAAAGUUCAGAUCAACAGGUAAAGAGGAAGUAGAGCACACAAUGACAGAGAACCGUGUACUUCAGCAAUGUCGCCAUCCCUUCAUGACUGAAUUACGCUACUCCUUCACUACACCGGAUCGGCUUUGUUUUGUGAUGGAAUAUGUCAAUGGUGGGGAAUUGUAUUUUCAUCUCUCCCGUGAGCACUUCUUCUCAGAGGAAAGGACACGAUUCUAUGCUGCAGAAAUCACACUGGCCCUCGGUUAUUUACAUGGUCAGAAUGUUGUGUAUCGAGAUUUGAAAUUGGAAAAUCUUUUGCUCGACAAGGAUGGACAUAUUAAAAUAGCAGAUUUCGGACUUUGCAAAGAAGAGAUGUACUAUGGUGCUUUUACAAAAACUUUUUGCGGAACCCCGGAAUACCUAGCUCCCGAAGUUCUACUGGACAAUGACUACGGUAGAGCCGUAGAUUGGUGGGGUCUGGGAGUGGUAAUGUAUGAAAUGCUGUGCGGUCGUUUACCUUUCUACUCAACAGAACAUGAAAUUUUGUUUGAACUGAUUCUUCAGGAAAAUGUGGAAUUUCCUUCUCGUCUUUCUUGCGAAGCGCAGGACAUUUUAUCCAAACUUCUCAUCAAAGAUCCUACUAAGCGUUUAGGCGGAGGCCCUGGUGAUGCCCUUGAAGUGAUGAAACAUCAAUUUUUCUUUCUCGUCGAUUGGGAUAGACUUACCGGCGUGAGACACAAUGUGCCCGGAGUGGAGUCGAUGGUACACAGCACAACAAUGAUAGUGACACUCACCAUCGGCAAUGAACGGCGAAACACAGACUGGACACUCACAGACGACGUGCGCGAUACAACAGAGCGUGGACGCACAAAGAAACACGAGGUAGGUCCGAACACUACGGAGCACGUACCUCAACGGCCACACUAG